UGUAGUAGAAUCGUGGAACGACAGUCCGAGGUAGGCACGCGUUUGGCGUCGUACUAGCUGACAUUUGUGCUCGUUCAAACGUUUCCUCGUAAAAUUCAAAAUCUUGUUGUGUAUUGUUUUACAAUUAAUGAAGUGAUCAUUAUCAGCAACGUGAACGUGGUCGUUCCGACACCGGCUAACCAUCACAGAGGCACUGGGCACGCGAACGAAGGGUAUUCCUUCUGAAAAUUCAGUGGCGUCCUUCCUCGAUUGUAUUCGCCGCAAAGUUCGACGCACCAUGAGUCAAGGGGGUCAAGAGAAGAGUCUGGAUAAGAAGGAAAUCGCAGAGGAAGAAAGGGAGAAGAUGCUCAAUGCAGAGAAUACGAAGCAUACGGUAGCAUCGACCGCGCCAGACUCGGAAUCCGAAGAACAGAAGCCCAAGAAGAAAAUCCCAAUUGGUGGCAUUAAAAUGCCUGGAUUUUGUCGUACAAAGAGCAAGGAACCGUGCAAAGACGAUGAGAGUAAACCAGCCGACUCUGGCGAUGCCGAAGUGAUCGACAAAAAUGCCAAAGAAAACGAGCAAAACGUGUCUUCGGAGAAGACGAACACGCCGAGCAAAGAAUUAAAAGAGAAAGACGGACGAAAAGGAUUUCUCGAUGCCAUAAAGCUACCCUUAGUCUCUGUCUUUCCACGGAAAAAGAACAAGGAAGGCGAGGUAGAACUAGGAACAACUGGAGCUGCUGGAUUAGCCAGCGUCGAGACGUUAGACGACGGUGCAGGAGAAAAAAAUCCGGUUGGCAAUGAAGAUGGUAUGGAAACCGUUCGUCUUGACGGUGACGCCGCAGAUGGUAUUGAAUCUCCUAAACAACAUUUCCUUGUUGCUUGUAUCUCCGCUGCGAGGAGAAGUUUGUUUGUAUUAGUGGCGACACUCUGUAUCCUGUUGUCCGUGAUCAUCAUCAUCUGUGUUGCCUGUAUCGGUCCGAGAAAGGCAACCACGCAACCAAUCAAAGACGGAAAUUAUGUAGAAGCUGUUACCUCCUGCGGACCCGUGCAGGGUAUAUCCGAGGACGGUGCAUUUGCAUUUCGUGGAAUCCCUUACGCGGUUCCACCGCUAGAAAAUCGUCGCUGGCAACCAGCUGAACCUUUACGAAGAAUCGAAUAUUGCUGGACGGAUACUUACCUUGCGCAUAACUCCUCGGACGUCUGUUGGCAGCGAGAAGCAUCCGGUGGUGUGAUUGGGACCGAAAAUUGCUUGUAUCUGGACGUAUUUACGCCUGAAGUCAGAUACGAUUCACCGUUACCGGUGGUUGUUAUGAUUGGCGCGGAGACCCUUAGCGGAGGAUCGCCAGGUGUAAUGCAGCCUUCUGCGAAGCUUGCGCGCGUUCGUGACAUGGUCUUCGUUCGACCAAACUUUCGGUUGGGAAUCUUUGGUUUCUUAGCUGCAGAGCCACUUUCCAGAGCUACGCAUCCUCUUACAUCCGGAAACUAUGGACUCUCGGAUAUCAUAGCUGCGCUACAGUGGGUUCAACUUAACAUCGAGAACUUCGGCGGUAACAAGAAAUCUGUAACUCUGUGGGGCCAUCGAGCAGGCGGUACCCUUGUCACAACUCUAGUUGGCACCCGUAGGGCAAAAGGCUUAUUUUCUAGAGUCUGGAUAUCCAGCGGUAGCGCGAUUUUUCCGGGUAGGGAGUUGGAGGUUUCAGAGAAACUCAGCGAUCAGUUCUUGAACUCUAUAAGGUGCAGCGAUGCCGCGUGUUUGAGAAGCAAAAGCGCCGAGGAACUAAUGGACUCUGUCCCGGAGACUUGGCAUUUAGAAAAUGUUGGACUUCCCGAGGCUAGGGAAGCACAAUCGAGAGACAGAAGACACGAGUGGCUUGUCCUGGAUCGUGUUAUCCUUCAGGAACCUGUCGGUCAGAUCUGGGCAAGAGAUGAAUUCCCAGUUAAAAUCGUAAUGGGUACUACGGCUCACGCUGGAGCGCCAUUGAAGUACCUUAAUUCAAAUGCAACUCUCAAUUCCACGCAGGUUGAAAAAAUUAUAAGCGAAUCCUUGCUAGGAACCUCAGGCUUGGUUACCCAAGCUCUCAAACGUUACAAUACUACAUUGAAGGGUUUGCUGAGCAUGAUUUCAGACAUACGAGUAGUAUGUCCUCUGUUGACGGUAGCUCGAAUGAAAACUAACAUUCCAUUUUAUGUAGCAACGCAACCACGAGGCCAAUUUGCAGAUCCCGAUAGUGAUGCUGCUGCAAUACUUGGAUCAUUUGCUGCACGUACACCCGCAGAGAAAAGGCACGUAUCUGCAAUGCAACAACUGUUUAAUCAUUUCGUUUGGCACGACGAAGUAGCUCAAGCAGAUUCUAACGGUGUGAAACGAAUUCUCAUCGUUGGGCAAGACACGCUUCCCAAAGAAGAUUAUCCGAACUGUGACAUUUGGAUAGAACAAGACAUUGUCCCAUCUUAUGGUCGAGUCGAUUGAAUUUUCCUCUUCGUUAAAUAUCGAACGGAGAUCCCAAGAUUUUGGCGAAACUCGCGAUUCUCUCCAUGGAAGACUAUUUCGCUUCCGAGCUUCUCAGACUUGCUGCGUUAUUCCUGAGGCGCUCGGGAUAAAAGGAAUGAAUCAAAGAUGUUUCAAAAGAUCGCACUUACUGUCGGACUAAGCUGAUGAAAAGGGGAGGGAUAUUUUCUUUUGAAUGUACGUUGCUUGUUAUCGAAGCAAAAUAAUUCUUAAAAUAUAAGAAUU